CACACACGCCAGUCACUUCUGUUAGAAACGGCUCAACUCUCUCCCUCUUCAUUCUGCAGGAUCAGAACCUCAGAAGAACCACAGGCUGCUGGAAUGGAGGAUAAGUUGGAAAUGGAUCGAGGCUUCUUCAGGAAGGUGGACGUUCCAGAUCAUGCACACUACAUAGUGGCGUUUUUUGUGGCGGUCAUCGGGGCUUUGGGGGUCACUGGAAACAUUCUGGUUAUUUAUGCCUUCUUCAGUAACAAGAAGCUUCGGACACCGCCGAACUACUUCAUCAUAAACCUCGCGGUGAGCGACUUCCUCAUGGCCGUGACCCAAUCACCCAUCUUUUUUGUCAACUGCAUGUACAAGGAAUGGGUGUUUGGUGAAAUGGGUUGUAAGAUGUACGCAUUCUGCGGGGCUUUGUUUGGAAUUACAUCCAUGAUCAACCUGUUGGCCAUUUCAAUCGACCGCUACAUUGUGAUCACAAAACCGUUGCAGGCCAUCCGGUGGACAUCCGGACGUCGAACGCUGCUCAUCAUCCUCGUGGUCUGGAUCUACUCGCUGGCCUGGAGUCUGGCACCUCUUCUGGGAUGGAGCUCUUAUAUACCUGAAGGCCUCAUGACUUCUUGCACAUGGGACUAUGUGACGGCGACUCCAGCAAACAAGAGUUACACGCUGAUGCUCUGCUGUUUUGUCUUCUUCAUCCCUCUCGGCAUCAUCUCGUACUGCUACAUCUUCAUGUUCCUCGCCAUUCGGAACGCAAGCAGAGAAAUGGAGAGGCUGGGAAGUCAUGUGAGGAAGACCACCCUGAUCCAGGAGCAGUCUAUAAGGACAGAAUGGAAGUUGGCAAAGAUCGCUUUUGUGGUCAUCAUUGUUUUUGUGUUGUCCUGGUCUCCUUAUGCCUGCGUCACUCUCAUUGCCUGGGGCGGGUACAGUCACGUUCUUUCACCAUAUUCCAAGGCAGUGCCUGCGGUGAUCGCCAAAGCAUCAGCAAUAUACAAUCCCUUCAUCUACGCCAUCAUACGCUCCAAAUACAGAGACACGCUGGCAGAGAAGGUGCCAUGUUUGCAUUUUCUAGCGCAGUCAUCGCGUAAAGAAUUCAUCUGCGUGUCCAACAGCGGGUCGUCCUUCAGAGAACCCGUGAUCAGCAGACAUUCCUCUGGAUUCCAGCGCGUGUCCUCCAUGUCCACUGGUGACACGGUGUGGAGUGAUGUCGAGUUAGAUCCCAUGGACCAGAAGAGUCACUUCCUCAGAAACUCACGAUCAGCCAAUCAGCUGCGAGACGAGGUGCAGAAGCAGAAGGCACAACGGGUUGAGAUGAGGAUCAAAGGAGGAGGUGAAGUCCGCAGUGAAGAGAAGCUUGCAGUGACAGACAGCUGGGCUUUGAGAAGUUCUGGCCACGACUUGGUGUCUGUCAACAUGACCACCGUCCCUCUCCUCAUGGCUAAAGACCCAAGUCCAGGAGAAGAAGAGGAGAGCGAGGAUUCCCUGACAGGACAGGACAGUAUUUCUGUACGCUCCCUGAGCAGAAGUCUGGCUUUUUAUGAAGACAUGGACACGCCUUUCCGCCCCACAUCAGAGAACAACCUGCGUGAGAAGAAUAUAGUAACACAAACCAGAGAAGAUGAAUUUAUACUGAGUCUGAGGACUCUGAACUGCUCCCCGGAAAUAUAUAUUGCGUGAGACGGCAAAACCGCCCACAUGAAGAUCCUAAAAGUUUGUGUUUCUCCGAAGACGGUUCAGCACGCUGGAGAACAACAGUCUUCCCGAGAAAAACCUCUGACUGUUCACAUCACUUUCAUAUAGUUGGUGAUGACUAUGUUGAGAUCUGUUAUAAUAUCUGGCAACGAUGUUGAUGCAUUUUCCUUCAGAAGUGUCAUGCUUUCAUCCCUGGAAUACUCUUCAGCUUCAUGUGACGCCAGAAACAUGUGGAGAAAGAUAUAGACACUUUACAAAUGUUUCCAACCAAACCUACCAGCAAAAGAUGCUCGACGAUACUCUGUUAACAUAAAAGCUACAUAAAGAGUUCCAUCAUAAAGAGACCAAAAACAAAAGCAAUGUAAUGGGUUCUUAAGGACAUCGGUGGUUAAGAAACCCAAGAAAACCAUUUUGAUUCCUCCCUCAUUUAGAAAACAAAUGUAAAUAGAGUAGUGGCCAAAAGUGGUGUACUGUACAACUUUGUCCUUUAUUCAAAUACAUUAUUAAAGAUAUGUUAAACAUUUUGAAUAUGAGUUGUAUAGUUAUGCUAGGAGUGUAAACUAAAGUUUAGCUUUAAGAAGAAAUGUUUAAUGUGUAAUCGAUUUUGUUUCAUACACCUCAUAUUUUAGACUAACCCGAGAGCUUUCAAAGUAAAUAUUAUCACUUUUGGCUACUACUGUACAUGAGACUGUAACCUCUGUCAUUUUUAUCACGAGUUCAAAUGCUUUCUGGGGUUUACUUCUGUGGGAGGUUUUUUUUUGUCACAGAUGCUUUUUAAACUUCAACUUUAUUGAACACUGAAUGUUUCUUAUACAGAACGUUGAUCUCAGAAAAGUGGACUGUUCAAUCUCUUUACAGUAAUUCAUCUGUCCUGCUAUCGUGUGUCAUUAUUUUAUAUAAGACCCUGUUUUCCAUCUUUCUUUUAGGUACUUUGGUUGUUUGACAUGUUUUUUUUUAGUCAUGUGCACGUAAUCCCACAUCUCCAUUAGAUAAUGUUUUCCAAUCCUUUCAGGUGUUAUUUUAAGCUAUAAGCAUUUGUCCAGUCUGUCUGAUGAACGGUACAUAUACUUGUGUCGAAUGCCAAUAUUCAUUAUGAUCCAAAAAUCUGAUUAUAAUGUAUUAUAUAAUAUAGUAACAGCUAUAUAUUGUCCAGUGAAAAUGCAAAUGUAUUCAGUCAUUAUUUUAAC